CGGUCUGGUUGCAAUUCCUAACAAUUGCUCCGCGCGUCUUGUGAUCAAUCUCCAGAUACGCAGUCUAAGGAUAACGGCCAAUACCUGCUGCCGUUGUCUUCUGGGAAUUCGGGAUUAGUUUUGAUAAUCCUGCAAACAUGCGAAUUCCACUACCUUUGCUGUUCGCUUUGACAUUGGUGGCAGUUGGAGCUGCUGCUGCUGCCGGCAACCCGGAUGCCAUUGCCAAGCCAAAGAGCGACUCCAAGCCCACAUCAACUGAAUCAGCAAAGAAACCGACAAAGCAACCCUUGCCCAGUUCAUCGUCUCUCCCAACAUCGGCAUCCUCUACUUCGACCUCCACCACGACUACGCGCCAAUCGAAGAACUUGAAAUCUGUUCUGCCGGGCGAGAAUCGUGGCAAACGGACACUCUAUGACUUUGGCAACGCCGGAUAUCUGUAUCCCGAGGUGGCCAGCAGGAGAGCUGGCUAUGUGGACAACACGGCCUCCUAUUAUCCCACACAAAGUGGAUACUACAAUGGACAAAAUGCGAUUGCACAAUAUCCCAGCAACUUUGGCCCGGCCUAUGCUCCUUAUCCCCAGUAUUUGGAAGCUCCGGAACCAAUCAUUGAGAUUAUCAUCAAGGACGCCAAUGAGACUUUGCCUGUGGAGCAGCCACAGACAGUUGUAACAAAGAGGAAGAAGAAGAAGGAGAAGGUUCAUGUCUUCUAUGUCAACUACAAGAAGGAUCAGAAUAACAAGCUUCAUCUGGAGUCGCCGAUCGCCUCCUUGAACAACGAUGAGAACGAGGAGGAGGAGGAAGAAGAGGAGGAACAAAUUGUCCAAUACCCAGUGACGCCAUUACCCCCCGUAAAGUCCACCACCCUGCGUACCAUCAUACAUCCCGAUUCCGAGAAGUAUCACAGCAACAGCGGCAUUCAUGUGUCCUUUGGGGCAGAGAAUAAACAUCAGACGGGGCACAUCUUGGAAGAACAUGAUGCGGAGAGCAUUCAACGCCAAGUAGUGGCACUUCCCUUGCCAGCUAGCAGUGGGCUUAAGUCGGACAACGGAUACAUUGCCAAUACUCGUGCAGAUUAUGGCCGUGAGAGUAGUUUCGGACGCACUCACUCAUCUGGUCCCGUCUCAAAUUUGUUAUUCGGCAGCAAUCCAAAUAACUAUCAGCAAUUCCAAAUACCACCGCAGCAACAGCAGCAACAUCAACAGCUUCCCAAUCAGCAUAGCUCAAAUUAUUUCAGGCCCCCGGCUGCUCUAUCGGGUUCGCCACCCAACUACCAGAAACAGGCGCAAUCGCAGCCACAGCAGCGUCCCAGCAGCAGCAUCACGCAUCAGCAGUUGCCUUCCACGUCGUCUCAAACAAUAUUUAACAAGUUGCUACAGCAAUCCCAGUACUAUGUCAAUCACAAUCAGCAAUAUCAGCCACAGCAACAGCAACAGUCGUCCCAGCAACAGCAAUACCAGAAGCCUCCAAACAAGCUGCAACAGGUGCCAUUUUUCCCCACCAUACCACCAAAAAGUCAAACUCCAGCGCCAUAUCAGCCAGUAAAGUUCCGUCCGACGCCGGCACCCACAACACAGACCAAACCAUUGCCGUCGCCCGUGCAACUGACCCAGCAGCAACAUUAUCAGUCUCCGGCGAAGCAACAAGCGGUAGCACCGCAGCCCUAUCAAUUUAUACGUCAGCCCCAGUUUGUGCAGCAGCCACAAUUUGUGGUGCGUUCGCCCACACCGCCAGCUGAUUUCUACCAACAGAAGCACCAGCAACAGCAUCAGUCGCAGCAGCAGCAACCCCAACAAUACCAUCACCAACCACAACAGCAGCAGCUGCAGCAACAACAGCAACAUCUGCCAGAGUCGGCGCUAAACUACUUUGACAUAAAACCGUCUAAGGAAACGGAACUCUUGAAGUCCAUUCCCAAAUUCGAGCAGCAUAUUACCGAGACCGUACAGAAUCCAAUUGGCUCCUCUCAGCAACCGCAGCAACAACAACAACAUUAUCAGCAAUAUGCCUACAGCAGCACACGCAAUGAGGUCAUCCAUGAUAUACCAGCUCCAAACCUGGCGCCAGUCCAACAGGCGCCCAUUACUGGUCACUAUAUCACGGCUAGUUCUGGCUCGCAGCAGCAACAACAACAACAACAACAGCAGCAACAACAACAAGCUCAAACUCCCGUUUAUGCUGAGUCGACGCAUGGUCAGAAGGUCAUGGUGGUUACCCCAGUGCCGCCAAGCAACUAUGUGACAUACAAUCAAUAUCAAUCCCAACCUCUGCCCAAUGAGCCCGUUUUCCAAGUGCAUCCCCAACCCUCGGCGGCCGCUCUACAGGCACAACAGCCCAGACAUCCGGCCAACUCUCCAAUCAGUGCUCCUUUGGGCGACAAUUCACCCUUCAGUGUAUCAACCUUCCAUUCGGAUGUCUUUAAGGAACUAGAGCAAAGGCAUCAACAGCAACAACAGCAACAAUCGCAGCCACAACCCCAGUCCCAAGCGCAGUCCCAACCGCAGUCCCAACCAACAGUUGCUACCAAGACUUCUGCUGCUUCUCCAACUCAGGCAUCGCCAGCAUCCGCGCCCAAUGGCAAAGCAUCGCAAACACUUCUGCAAUUGCCAGACGAAGUUCCAGACGAUUUGCGCCAACAACUCUUCUCUUCGGGCAUCCUGAACAAUGCCGAUAUUUCCAUUCUGGACUACGACAAGGAGGGAGACAUUGCGUUGGAAAACCUGCCCGCCGAACACUUGCAACAUUUCUAUGGAGCCGGCGGUGGAGCGCAGAUUGCCGAGACGAAAAAAGUGUUGACUGUGGUCAAACCCAAUGGCGAUAAGGUGGCCCUAAGUGAGAAGCAAAUCGAUCGGGUCAAGCAAACCAACUCCUUGCCCCAGAAACAAAAUUUGGAUGUGAAAGUGGUGCGCUUCGAUGCGGCUCAGGGCCAAAGCGUAAGCGAGAAGUAUUUGCGCACAGAUGCCACUGUCGUUACGCCCGUGGAAGUGGGAACAGAGCGUCAGCAAUAUAAUCGGUAUUUGCCUCUGAAAAUCAAUGGAGCCCAGUUUCCCAUUCCCGACAACGAGGAGUUACAGGACAAGAAAAUUGUCAGUGUGGUCGUGCUGGCACCCGUGGAGGCCCAGGCGACAGGAAGCAGUGAGGCCCGGAGUGCGGAUAGCAGCAAGGAAGUCAAGUUCUUGGGCGGAGAUCUUAUCAAGACCUUGGUCAAGAAGCCCACCAAAGAUAAUUUCAAACGCUGGUUAGAGAAAGAGGCGCGGACCGACCUGGAACUGCAGUCAGUGGUUCUGCUGGUGGCCAAAUCCUCAGUGGAUGCCGCCGCAGAGCAGGAAAUCUUUAUGUACGACAUUGCCACUGGCAGCAUCAAUCGCCUGAAUGGCGAACUCUCCAGCACUUUCGUCAAUGUGGCCGAAGAAAAUGCCAGCAGUGAGGAUUUGGAGCAUGCUGCCACCUUGGACCCCAGCUCGCUGGAGUCCAUGAUGCAUCUGCGUCGCAGAUAAACUCGUCAUCGAUCAACAUGCCAUUUAGAGCUACUCAACAACCUAGAAAAGAUGUUCAUCCACUAUCUAUGGCCAUUCCAUCGCCCUCUUCCCUUUCAUGCGGCACCAUUCCCCUCUUAGUAUUUCCAUUUUGUAAAUAUUCUCUGCUGAUGUUACCAGUUAUUGUAAUUUAAGUUACACUUACGUAAAUAAACAAGAAAAAUGUGAAAUUA